UUCAAAUACAGAGCCGUAAAUUUAGAAAAGAGAUCAUUAAUACGAAAGACAUGGGUCUGUCUACGCGAAAUUGGGUCUCUUUAUUACCAAGUAAUUGGAAGGGGAAAGGACGGAUUAAUGGAAGUCUGACAAAUUCGUGACAUAAGAAACUGCAGGUUCGGGCAAUUUUCCACAAUCUAAUCAAGAUUUCAACUCAGAAGGGUCUGUCUUCAACUGAUAUGUAUCGGUAAAAUAAGCAUUAGCGGCUAGAAGCUAAUGGAGGGCAUAGCUCAGCACAUCGAGACGCUGGAAAAUGGUUUUAGUACGGAGCUGAGGGCACGUAGAGACUGCCAGUGGUUGAUGUGUUGUUGGAUUGGAGGUACUCACUGUCCUGUCCAAAUUGCUAAAUCCUUAUCCAUCUUAACUGAACUCAUCUCAUCAAUUCUUUGUUGUUGUCGAGAAAGGGGAUGAAUCUUCUUGGUACCUGCGCUCCUUUCUACUGCCCCUUUCAAGAGGUUUCCCAGAAGAGCAGAGGAAAGAAAGAAAAGAGGGAGAUGAAGAUUCAGUGCGACGCCUGCAACAAAGACGAGGCGCUGCUGUUCUGCACCGCCGACGACGCCGCCCUCUGCGAAGCCUGCGACCACCGCGUCCACCGCGCCAAUAUCCUCGCCUCCAAACACCACCGCUUCCCCCUCCUCCACCCUUCCAACGACCACUUCCCCCUCUGCGACAUCUGCCAGGAGAGGCGAGCUUUUCUGUUCUGCCAGCAGGACCGAGCGAUUCUAUGCCGAGACUGCGAUCUUCCCAUCCACGCCGUCAACGAACUCACCCAGAAACAUGAUCGAUUCCUACUGACUGGGAUUAAGCUUUCUUGUGUUUCUGCGCUCAACGCGGCCUCUUCUUCAUCCGAGGCGAGCUUCGCGUUUAAUUCUGACCCUAAUUCGCAACCCCUGUUCGAGAAGACUGCCAAUGCUUCUGCCCCUGUUUCGCAUUCGCCUUCUCUUGCCGAGAGUUCGAUGUCUAACGUGCCGGUGGCGGCUGCCUCCGCCGAUGGGGGUGACCCGACGGAUACCGUGUCGGAGUAUUUGAUUGAGACGAUUCCCGGAUGGAAUUUGGAGGAGUUUCUCGAUUCGUCCUCUGCUCCUUUUGGUUUCUAUAAGUUGCAGAGCGAUGAUGGUGACUGGGUUUUUCCAUUUCUUGAUGAUUUAGUUGAACUAGAAACGAGCCGGGAUUCUCUCGCAUCAGUUCCUCUGUUUUGUACAGAAGUGAGCUGGGAGAUUGAGUUGAACGAGAGAAAUGGAGGUGGGAACGAGAAAGCCAGAGGAGGAGGCGGCGGCGGCGGUAGGUGGAGUCGGAGGGACGACGGAUUUACGGUGCCGGAGAUUUGUGUUUGGUCGAGAAGAUACAGAUCCUCUUGACAUCUCUGGAUUGAACUCUGAAAUCCCCCUGCUUUUCCUGUAAAUGGCAGCAGCCUUUUUGUGCUUGUGAAUUUUGUACAUUUUGAAAUUUGUCACGAGAGAGACGAGUGAAAAAGCUCCCUCUUCUUUUGCCUCAUCAAA